CCAAGUAUCUCUGGGAAUUCGUCUCUAAAUUGCUUAUUGCAUUCCUAAUAUAAGAUAUUGUUAAUCUUAUACCUGAGGUAAACUGCCUCGUUGAAUAUUGUCCAUGGGGUUCAUAUCCGCAGGCAUAUCGGAUGUUACCCCUUCAUCGUCGGAACUUUGUUAGGGAAACACCUCGGACCGCAACCUGUCUUAAUAUCCAUUGAUACAAAACUAUGAUUCGAAUAUACCAAAUAUUUCAAAACCACGGAGAACUAUAGGUAAUACCAUUGGUAAUGUUUACUCAGGUACACGGAAGAAGAGCGGGGCAUACUACGGAACUGAAUUGCCCCUCUAUCCCUAGACAAAGUAUAUAUAACUCAUUCCGAAUUUCGAUUUUUGAAUCUCGUACAUCAUAAAGUCUUCAAAAAAGGAUUUAUAUCACCAUGGAGGAUUCUACCAAAAACAUAUCAGCUGAUCAUUCUGGUUCAACACGAUAUUCAGUAAUUAAUGGUUGUCAAGAGGCUACUCGAACUCUACAACAGUUGGUCAGUAGUGAACUUCCCUCGGAGGUAUUGAAACAUCUAGAAGACGUUACUUAUACAACCGCAACCGAUGGAACUCAAAUCUAUUUCCCAUGUCCUUUCAAAGAAACUGAAGCUACAGUUGCAUUAAAAUCAGUCGAAGCAAGCGUUGUAGCUGCCAUUGCGGAUCUUCGUUAUGGAGAACAGAAAAGAAAAAUCGAAAUCAAUCUUGAGCAUACUGCUACUUUCUUAUUCUCAACUUAUAUUGCUACAAUUGCUGGAAUGAAUAAACAGCAUCCUGGUGUUAAGUCCAAACUGAAAGAUACGGACUUGCUAAAAGCACAAGCUAUCUUGUAUCGCAGACUUUCAGCAAAUCUUUAUGAAACUAAGAAUCCAGGGGAAUACUUUCAUAUCCAUGGAUCAUUAGAAGCUGGAAAAACAUUGAAUAUGAUUGGGUUGGAAGCAUAUCGACCAGAUCUUACAGAUUAUAGGGAAUGUAUUGAUGUUAUUGAAAAGCAUGUCAAACAAUAUACGGCUGCGGAAUUGGAGAUCAUGAAUGCUGAAGUAAAUCAAGCUGGUGUAACGGCAUUGAAAUGGGAAGAUUUUAAGAAGACAAGCCAUGGCCAAACACUUCUCAACUUACCUCCAUGGCAACUCGAUAGUCUUCAAGACGAUUCCCCAUCGUGUCCAUUCCCGGAAAUAGUUCCCGCAACACCUACUUCGAAACCACAAGUAUUAUCCGGAAUUCGUGUUUUAGAAUUGUGUCGUAUUAUUGCUGGACCUGCCAUGGGUCGAACACUCGCUGAAUAUGGCGCUCAAGUCAUCAAAGUCACGUCUCCAAAUUUAUCUGACGUUCCGUUCUUCCAAGUCGAUGGAAAUACCGGUAAACAUACCGCGGAUAUCGAUCUUAAAACGCCAGCUGGUCGUGCCACAUUUGAGGAACUACUUAAAUCCGCCGAUGUUAUUCUCGACGGAUAUAGACCCGGAGCUUUGGAACGAUUAGGUUACGGUCCAGAGAAUAUCGUGAAAUUGAUCUCUGGAAGAGGUAAAGGAAUUGUAUAUGUCUCCGAAGAUUGUUUUGGUUAUCAAGGAGAGUGGGCUGGUAGACCUGGAUGGCAACAAAUCGCAGAUUGUGUAACGGGAGUAGCCUGGGCUCAAGGAGAAUUUAUGGGUCUCAAUGAACCUGUCGUUCCACCUUUCCCCAUGUCUGAUUAUGGAACUGGAUGUAUGGGUGCUAUAGCUGCUUUGGUAGGAUUAUUUCUAAGAGCUAAGGAAGGAGGUAGUUGGAGAGGAACGACUAGUCUUUGUCAAUAUGAUGUGUUUUUACUGGGAUUGGGAUUGUAUGGGGAUGAUGUUAAAGAAAAGGUUAGAAAAGAUCAUGAUGAUUAUUUCUUUGAUUUGAGACAUGCGGAUAGUGUGGAUGAGGUUGGUGGGAGAGCAUUGAAGAGUAUGAGGAGAGCACAUCCAGAAUUGUUCGAUGAGAAAAAUAUGCAAAAGACAUUCAGCAAAGGAUUCGGUGAGGAAAUCAAAUGGUGCAGAAGUCCCGUUUCAAUUGAAGGAUUACGAGUCGGAUUCGAACGAGCUAGUCGUCCAAACGGUUACGAUAAUCCGACGUGGGAGAAUUGGGAAAUCGAGAAAGAAGUGGUGGAAGGAUAAAUUACGCACUUUGCUUUGGAUAGGGUAUCAUAUCAAAUUUUCAUCCUUGAAGCGAAUACGAUGUUCACUCAUAUU